AUGGAAAGUAUGUAUGAUGAAUAUCAGGCUGAUGAAACACGCUCGAGGCAGCAAUGUGUCUUCAGGACAAGCCCAGAACUUCUUCUUAAUCCUGUUACGAUUUGUAGAAAUGAGGCUGAAAAGUGCUUGAUUGAAACAUCUAUUAAUUCCCUAAGAAUAAGUCUAAAGGUGAAACAGUCAGAUGAACUUGAAAAUAUACUAACAAAGAAGUUCCUUAGAUUUUUGUCUAUGAGAGCAGAAGCGUUUCAGGUGUUGAGGAGAAAGCCAGUUCAGGGCUUCGACAUUAGUUUUCUCAUUACAAAUUAUCACUGUGAAGACAUGCAGAAGCAGAAGCUUAUUGAUUUCAUAGUGCAAUUCAUGGAGGAUAUUGACAAGGAGAUCAGUGAACUGAAACUGUCAGUGAAUACGCGAGGAAGGCUUGUCGCUACUGAGUUUCUAAAGCAAUUCAUCUGAUGCUUCUUUUCCUUGUUUACUGUCUGUUUUAUUCUUGUAGCAACUAGAAUAUAUGUUCAUUUUUUUGUCCUCUAUUGAAGCUACAUAUUACAGAAAUUCUCUAUUGUAUUGCACCAAUGAGCUCCCUUUUUCUUCACUUAUUUGAGGAGCCGCUAUGGCAGAAUGAAUUCCCAGUUAGUAGAGUUUUCAAUCAGCUAUAAUAA